AUGAACCACAAAGUCCCCAAAGUGAGUCCACAGCCUCGCAGAUCAAUCCUGGCAAUGUGGAUCUCAAGACUCCUGUACUUUCCUCCGACAGCAAGUAGUGAGAUGGAGUGGAAGACCGGUCCACCGCAGGUAGACAGAGUGACCACCAGCCCAUCCUCUGCUUUUGUCUCAAAUGGAGAGAAGCAAUGGCAUCAAACAUGGUCUUGCGUCCUCAACAUCUCAGUAGGGAGAGAAGCAAUGGAGUUGAUCAUGGGCUCUCAGUCUCGUCGCCUCAGUUGGAGAGAAGCAAUGGAGCUGAUCAUGGGCUCGUGCCCCAUCUCCAAGCUUCCAGGUGUCCAGCUGAACAUUACAUACCAAACUUCACCAGACAUCCUCAGAUUGCCAGAUUGCUCAAUUGCAGAUUGCAAAGUGCCAGAUUGCUCAAUUGUCUCGAAAACACACCAUCAAAAUGUCGGGCAGCAUCUGUGGAGAGAGGUGCAGAGACACUAUUUCAGCCGUGAGAACUCGUUGGGCCCGCCUUCGGGCCUGAUUGACGGGCCGGCAGCGCGACUGCGCAGUGAGGACUGUUUUGAAAGCAUGGCGUUGAAAGCGACGGAGGAGUGGGUGAGGCGGAGAGUGGCAUUGGAGGAGGAGCGGCUUGUGGAUGUACGAUCUUUGUUCCUGCCAGGAAGUUGCAAAGAAAAGAUCACGCAUCUUGGCAAGUCUCUCAGGAACUUUACACGUCUUAAAAUACUUGAUCUAUCCCGCAAUUCUUUGAUUUCAUUGGAGGGGAUCCAACACUUGGUUCAUUUGGAAAAGCUCAACCUAUAUUAUAACAACAUAGCAGAUUUGAAAGAGAUAUUCCUCCUUCGUAACCUGACUAAUUUGAAAGAACUUGACUUGAGACUGAAUCCUGUGACCAAAAAUGAAUCAGACUAUCGGCAUUUUGUUGUGCACCUGCUACCCAAUCUUAGAAGAUUAGACGAUCGACCAGUUAAAGAUAGUGAGCGCAAAGCAGCGCUGAUGCACUUCAGUACAAAUCAGGCACAUGAAUUCCAUGAAUAUCCUGCUCAGGAAGCGGAAAAUGUAAGGCCCCGGCACCCAAGGGCAGAAUUUGUAGGCUCAUUGGCAAAGAAAUACUCAGAACUUGAUAAAGAUGAUGAAGCUGUUCUGAACCUCAUUGCAAAGUCCAACUGGGAUAUGAAUAUACCUGCAAGAAUCACAGGUUCAGUGAAAAAUAAUCCUGAGGCCGAGUUGCAUAAAAUGCAAGGUCUUCAUGAGAUUGACAAUGCAAGAAUCCAAGAAUCCACAGCAAGAAAUACCUCACAAGCAACCAAGUCCUGGCCAGUUACCAUUCCCAAGGGUGUCAUGAAUUCACAAAGGAAAAGCUCUGUAGAAUGUCAAGCGCUGAGUGAAGACUAUCAGUCAUUACCCAAUGCUUCCUGUCCACGAACUUAUACCAGCACAGAUGCCACCGCAAAAGCUGGUCGAGUAACAUUUGCAGACGAAAAAUCACAAAAGUUUUCUACAGUGGACCUCAACUUGAAAUUUCAAGAUGAGGCUGAGGCCUAUCACAGGGUCACAUUCCGCCCACACUUCACCCCACACCCAGGCUACACACACAAUGUAGAGGGUCAUCACCCUGGAUCAUCAGCAACUUGCAAUUCCAAUGGUGUCAUGCCAGCCACUGAGUUGAAGGAAGAGACACAGAAGGCUGAGAACCAACCUGCCCAAAUGCUGCAUGGUCACCCCACAGCCGUGCUGAAACUGCCUGGCGGACAUCUCAACACAACCCCGACUACAACAGCUUCCUGCCAGGCAGAGGAGCCACAUCUCAAGAGGCCACUUGUACCUCAGAGAUCGUGUGGUCCUGACCAUAGGGGCAGUGAUGUCAGCAAUAGAUACGAUGAGAAGGUUCAGUCAAUACCUUGUGAAGCACAAACAAUGAAUUCUCCAAUAGAUCGAAUCAUCUUUAAUCCAAAUCUCAUGAAGAAUUUCCUAGAUCUUGUUGACAGAUACUGGAAUGGAUUUAAAUCACUUCAUUGUAACGAAAAAUUUCUGUAUCAGGCUGGGAAAAUAUUAACAGCCUUACAGAAAGACACAGUCAAAAACACAUCAGAAGAAAUAACAAUGUUUCAAGAUGAAUCAAACAAUCUAAAAGCAGAGGUUAAGUCUUUGGAAACAUGUCUUUGUCAACAAAAGCAAAGAUAUACUGAGGAACUUCAGUCAAUUUCAAAGCAGCUAACUCAAGCUCAAAGAGAUAUGAAAGUCAUGAAGCAUCAUUUAACUCAGACCAUGGAGGAGAAAAAUCAACUACAGAAUUGUCUGAUAAAAUUAGAACAAAAAUCACAAAAUGUUUCCAGUUCUACAAGCCAACAAGUUGAAGACCUGCAGAAACAUAAUGAGCAGCUGCGUUGUGAGAUUGACAGUCUGAAGCACCAGGCCCAAAGUUACAUCAAGAUUCAGGAACUGACUGAAAAGCUCCAAGAAAGCCACAGAGCCCUGGUAUACACAAACGAACACUUACUGAGAGAGUUAAAUGAAAUGCGAGCCCGACACAAGGCAGAAGUGGACCAAUUGCACUGGAGUUACAUUCAGCUCAAAAAAUUUGUAGAGAAGUCAACCCACAAUACGACUACGACUGGCUACACAUGCUCAGGCAGAGGCAUGGAAAAUCGGAGGCGCUGAAGGAAACCCGUAACAUUUCUGUGAAGUGGUCCAGAGAAAACAAACUACAAGGAGCCUGUAUGACAUCACUUUGUUUACCAAAUGUUUUUCCCCUUACAUCAAUACAGAUUUUAAUUGCUCACAGCCGGCUAUGUGUUAACAGUGUUUAAAGUACAUGUACCAAAGAUAGAAGUUUAACCAGCUUACUUCAUCAGCAAGAUUAUGGAGAUUUAUACUUAUCACUCUUUACUCCAAGUGCACCAUGUCCAAAGGACUAGGUAGGUAUGUAACCAGUCUGUAACAGUGACAGCAAAGGAAUAUGUAUCUGAGAUUCUGGAUGGGUUAGAAAUUAAUAAAAAGAAAUACUAAAAUAAGAGUUACACUUUAAAUGGAUAAAUCUCCCAGUCCCAAACAUAGGAUGCAGCAUACAGACCCAGAGAUAGUGCCUGGAGACUGGAAAAUUGCAAAUGUUAUACACUUAUUCAAACAAAAUGGUGUAGAGAUAAAUACAGUAGCUACAUACUAUUCAGCUCAACUAUCAUGGUCUGGAUAAAUGAUAAUCUAGGAAGAAUAAAUUAUUUACACAAAUAUGGAUUGAUUGGAGAAAGUAGGCAUGGUGUAUAAGUAUGUGAGCUUUUUCUUUAAAUACAGGGCCAUCUAUGAAAAUGUGACUGAUAUACUAUGUGUCUUCUGGAAGGCAAUUGAAAGGUGCUAUAAAUCAGGUUUGUCUUCAAGAGUGAAGAUCAUGUAUGGAAUAACAGGGGUUUGUCACAGCAUGGAUAGAAAAUGGGCUAGGUAACAAGAAAUUUUGAAAGAUUGUUUGUGUUUCAAGUGGAAGGAAGUGUGGAGUUCACCAGGACUUUGUACCUGGACCUCUUGUAUAUGGUGCUCAGGGUACAGUUUGCAAACUGUAAUCAGCUUCAGGGAGACAUAGGCUGUCUGGUAGAUUUGGUAAAUUUGUGGCAGAUGCAGCUUAAUUCCAAGAAACUUAAAGCAUUACUUAUUGAAAGAAUAUAAAGCUCAGCAAUUCUAAAAGCAGUACAAGAACAUAGACUGUUUGUUACAAAUGGCAGGGCAAGUAUAAAAGUGUUUUUUAAGUAUGCAGUUUUGCACUUAAUAAAUUAGAGGCAAAGCAAGUGAGCAAGUUUUUGAUGAAUUUUUUAUAAAGCACUGUUCUGGUCACAACUGAAGUAUUGUGUUUGUUUCUGGGAACCAUGCUUCAAGAAAGUUGCUGCAGAGAGCAGGGAAGAUUUGUUUCAAAAUGGUUUCAGGGAAAGGGACUUUCCUUUCAUACACUCUUAGACUUUUACUUUCAUGUUAUACUGGUACCUGAAUAAUUUGAACUACCAGUACAGCUUUGGCUGUAUUUAGUUUACUCUACAUUAAUACUGUACACCAAGCACUUUUAAUGAGUAAUUUAUAACAAUUGUUUGAAAUUCCUCUGUCAUUUUAAAAUAAUUUUUUUUAAAAUUUUUUAAAUGUGCAGUAAACCCAUUUAUGUCUUGAAGUGCAAGAUAAAAAUGUUUCUGCUCUAUUUUUUAAACAACAGUGAAUAUGUUAGUAUUCAUGCAAGUUGGUUUGGGGGAUGAUUGACAGAGAUUGAUUUUAAGUUUGUUCCUAUAUUCUCAGCAACAUAAGAACUUCAGUCUGUCUCCUACAAUUAUUCAGCAAUAUGGAUAAGAAAUAAUAAUUCACAUAGGAUGAAGGGGAGAAGGAAGUGUAAAAUUACCUGUUAUGUCACUAAGUUGUUGCUUUCCUCUUUCCGUCCUUACUCUGUGUGCCUUCCUCAGUUGGUGGCUCAGUCUCUACACUUAGCCUCUGCUACAGAAAAUGGAAACUCAACACUGGUGAUUUGUUAAUGAAAAAUAAAUGACUCUCUCUCUCAUUCCUUCCCUAUCCAGUUACUGCAUGUAAAUUGCUCAACAAUAGCUACCCUGCUCUCUCAUGUAGUUUAUGAUAGGGCUUCUUAGCUAAGAUCUUAACCUUCCUCUAGACCCUCAAUGCAUUCCUAACAUUUUGCUAACUCAAUGAAACUGGUUAAAAUUUAACCCACCACCUUUACCUAUCCUAUACAUGACUGGAAAAAGAGUGGAAAAAGAAUAUUGUUUACGUAAAGCAAUACUCCAAUAACCUAAAAAUUCUAAUUCCUCAGUUCCCUUGAAUGUAACCGAUGUUAUUGAAAUAUUGCUACAAUACCCUUAAAUUUUCAAAUUCCAAGUUUCUAUUAACAGAAAGGUAGAUACUUACUCUUUUCUUUGCCAAAAUCUCUAAAUUAUUUUGCAUUUCAUAUUCAGCUAAUACAUUUGAAAUAUCAAAAGAAUUCCCUAGAUUAGGAUGAGUUCAAAUCCCAUAUAUCCACCCCACUUCUGUCAACAACAGCAAUUUGCAUUUAAAAAGUUUUAUUUUGGAGAGUUCUCAAAAUGUUGUCAGUAAGCCACACAAAAUAUUGGAAUACUAAGCAGUAGGUAUGAAGGAGCACGUUAGAGGAUAGGGAAAAAUAUUGAGACAAAAAAUCCAGAAGACGCAGUUGUUUUGUUCUUUAUAGGUGGAGGAAUGGUUCCUUUAAAUAUAGAUAACAUACUGAACUAUAUUAAGUUGUUCAUCAAAUAGGUGAUAUGUCAACUCUGCAGUUUGUAUGUGGCCAUCAAUAAACUAUGAAGGUCUAGGUACAAUACCUCAUGUUGUUUAAUGGACAGCAUAACCAAAUCAAGAGUAGGAAAUAAAAGUCUUUCCUAUUCUUUAUUACAGAUGCCCUGUUUUUUCUGUUAUGUUCCAACAAAUAACACAAUUUUGAAAAGACAUCAUGCUUUUUCAAACCAAUAGCAAGUUUGUUAUAGUGAGAAAUAAAUGAUUCACAUGAUCCAAGCACCAAACUAUCCAAUGACAUUUUAAAUGGACAUAAGUCAUUUGGAAAUGCAAAUGAACGGUUAAUCUCUUUGAACCAAGGAUAAAGGAAUAUUUUGGUUAGUUAUAUGUGUAAGUGAUAUUUCUCUAAGAGGUAGUAAACUAGUUACUGUGAAUUGGACUUCGUAGCAGCAACAUCAAGGAGUUGUUUUUCCAACCUACUAAACCUGAUCUGGCCUACAGAUAAGAUGCUAAAUGAGUCUGCUUGUUUGCUUGGCAACGACAUCCUUAAUUAUGUCCAGAUGCAAUUAAACUAUAAAGUGCCUGUGUAUUUGACCUGCCCCCAGCAACUUAACCAAAAUUAAAGUAGUUUUUUUAAUAUAAAGUGAUUUCUUCCUUUACAAUAAAAUAACUUCUUCUUUUGGCUGAUUUGUCAAAACUAGUAAUGUAGUAUUAGUGUAAAGUUUAUUCUGGAGUGAAGGGUAUGUGAUAUUUGUUUUUCCAUUGUUUUGGAGAUUGCAUGGAUUUUUGCGUAAAGAAUCAACAGAAGUAGAUUCCACUUUCAUGGAAUUUGCCAAAAUAAUUAUUUAAAACCUAACCUUUAUAACUUAGAAUUUUAAUCUGCUGAACCAUAGUUUGCACAUUAACUGUUUCGACGCCAGAUUCUAACUUCGUAGCCUCAUGACAUCAGUACAAAUCUAAUACUGCAAUAGCUCAUAGGCAUUCAAGGCAGGUGGUACAGAUCCUGAUGCAGGACCCCAGCCUGAAAUAUCAUCUACAUAUCCCUCUGGCUCCACAGUUGUGGCACGACCCACUGACUUUUUCCAGCAGUUUUCUUCCCCACUCCAAUUAUAGAUCUUACUACUUGUAAUAAUGUUUUGCCAUUCCAUCUAAUUUAUUCACAUUCAAUUACUUCUUGGCAUUUAAUAUUUUACUCUUUUUCUCCUCAAAGAUUACUUUUAUAAUAUCAAUUUUCACAAUCUUUUGGUUCAGUAACAAAAAUCCUGCUUUCCUAUUUUCUGCUGUCUUUAAUUUCUAAAGAUUUCCAUUAGGAGGUCUCCUCUUGCUUCCAUUUUCCAUUCUCUUUCUACCUGUCACUUACUCUCCAUAGAUAAGCAGUAUCUUGGAAAGCAGUGUAGUUGUUUUUAUGUUAAUAAUACAGUUCAGGCUCCUACACUGAAGAUUGCUAAAGGUUAAAUAGCACUAGCUUCUGAAUAUUGUACCAUCAGCACAUAAAAUUUUUGUGAUUCAAUUUGAAUGUUUACGAAUAUAUGGGGUAUGUUUUUGAACUGUUUAUUAGAUUGUUAACAUUUCAUAAAAGCAGAAAAAUGUAAACAUUUAUACUUGUAGAUAUAUUUAUUUUGUAAAUUUGAUACAAUACAUCUUGAUUAAUUAAUCUAAAUUAAAUAUACUUUUGAUACAGUAUUUACUUUUUUGAUUUUGUAAUUCAUCUUAAUUUGACCUUGUUGGCAUUGAAAGUUUGGAAUCAAAUCUCUCUGAAGAAAAUAAGUUGUAAUUUCUAAAACUACUCAUUAGAAGCUUGUGGAAAUGAAAGUUCAAUGGAGGAAGGGUAUUUGUUAAGAACAUGUUAAAAUAGUCUGUUCAACCAGAAUUCUGCAUUGAAUUAUUUCCCACAAUUAUAAGCCCGAUUUCCCCUUCUCUCCCCUUCUGCCUUACUUUCCUGCCUCUCUUCUUUUUUUGCCCCUCUCUCCAAUACACUAUUUGGUAAAAGCUAGUACUGUAUGUUAUCAGCACCAUUUUGGCUCGAUGGGGCAGGAACUCAAUUGACCCCGACUUUGACAGCUGUAGUCAUCCUCCAGGGGACGGAUGGACACACCCCACAACCCCCGAGUGUGGAAUCUAUGUACAGUUUGAACCUUAACAAUGGACUACAUGCACAGAAUGGCUUUGAUAGUUACUGAGGUUGCAUCACACACUCAUCAGCUGUCAAAGCUGCCAUUACUAUACAAUAUUUGUGAAUCUCUUUUUCACAAAUAAUCAAUCCAGGGAGUUCCAGUUCUGCACACUGGGUGUUCGAUAGUCGUUUUUAAAAAUGGGUUCUUUGUUUCAUGGCUGUGGGUUAGAAGAAUCUCAAGGUUGUGUCACUUUAAGAAAUGUACUUUCAACUCUCAAGCUUGAAAAGUACAUGUGCACACAUAAACACACAGAAGUUAAAGACAUUUUAAAUAAAUAAGAAUGCUCCACAGACCAUUCUCUCAGCAGCCAGCUUAUCCAUACUUUGAAUGGGGCCUCAUGCUGAGGGUCAGUCGGCAGACUUCCCAGACUCAGAGCACCCAGUCACAAGAGAAUGUUGCAGCAAAUGUAAUAAAUACAGCCAGUAUUAAUAUCCUCUGCUUACAUUCUAAAACUUAAUUGUAGACCUCAUUUUUUUGCAAAGAAAUGUCAGUGAUUAUAACUGGAGUCUCUAAAAAUAGAAACACCACCAACUUUCAGGGAGCAUAAAGUAUAAAUGCCCUCAGAACUAAUAGAUUCAGCAGGACAUAACUGGCAUCUUAAAUUGUUUUAAGAUUACUAAUUGAAACAAGCUACCAGUUCUGUACAAUAAUACACUGGAGCCUCUAUCACAAGAAGUGAGAUUAAAAUCCAAGUGUUUUAGACAUAUUAUAGCAAUACCAGAAAUAUUACAUUUAACUGUACAGACAGAUAAAAAUUACCAGCUUUUGAUAGGUCAUUCUUUAUAAGGAGUUAUGAAAACAAAUUACACAGCAUCCUAAUAGUUUUAUAAAUGAAAUUUAAUUCCAUAAUUAUGCUUACAAAGUUUCAAAUGCUCUUAGUGACAAUGUCUGCCAGUUUCUGAUGAUACAGAUGGAGCAAGCAAAGCAGAAAGAAGAAUGGAAAGUUAUGCAAAAAACUAUUUAAAAUAUGCACAGCUUGCUUCAAACUGUUGUGGCCUUAAAACAGUGCAUCUGUUCACUUAUAGUUUAUUGAACAACAGAGAUAAUGUUCAUUAAAAAUGCUAGGCCUUGGGAAGAUUAGGACCAAUAUUUUGAGCCAUUUCAUCCAAUAAAAGGCUUGUAAUGACAUUUUCUAUCAGCAAAAAGUAAUUUCAGAACAUGGAAUUGUACUGAAGCAGGAACUUAAAUCAGUGUCUCUGCAGUGCAAAUUAGGUCAAUUGCAGAAUUUAUCCCAAGUUCAGAAAAGCAUCAGUGUUAUCUCAAUGCCCUACUUACCUUAGCUGGUAUUUAUCAGCUGUAUCUGUGAAGUAGGGAUUGUACCCUAUAAUAAACCACACAGGACUUUCUGUACUUACAUACAUUUUGAUGUUGGGGAAAAGUAUUAUUGGCCUGGAUCACGUUCCUUACCAUCUGGCUGUCCCAAAAAGGACACUAGUGCAUGCUGACUGCCACAGUGGUGCCUUGCAGCCGGCACAUUUGAGCUCCCAUUCUGAUUCUGGAUGCAGCACCACCUCUACAGAUGGAACUCAGAUGUAUCUAAAUAAAUAGGAUGUGAUUUUUUUUUAAAUUGCUCUUAAUUAAUUUAAUGGGUUAACUUAAUUGGUUAAAACGUGUAUUUAAAUAAAUGUAUUCUUUAAUUAUUUAAAUCUGUGAACUUUCAUAAAUGCCUCUAUCGUUUAUAUUUGGAAAGAGUUGAAAAGAAAUAGGUUGUCCGAAAGCCAUCAGAACCCACCACCCAAGGCGCGGCAAUUGCCUGCAGACCAGCUGCGGCAGUGAGUCUUUCCUUGUGCCGUGGGAAGUUAGUCUGGCAA